CAACCCCCCGCGGGCCCCCAAAGGCACCCAAAAAUCUUUAGAACUUUGGCUUGCGGCUCGUUCCACUUCCUGAUGACCACUGCAACGGAGAGACCCGCAAUCUCACCCCAAACCCAGAGGCAGACAGAGAUCUCCGCCAUGACACAGGACACUCUCCACCACCAAAACGACCCCGUCGCUUGGUCCACCCUGCACGAGGCCCUGGUGAGACCUGGGACUUGGAAGAACGCUUGGGACCUCGGUUUGACCCCUUGGGACCACGCGGCCUCAACACCCGCACUCAGGUCCCUACUCGCUUCCCCCGAGUACCCCGAGCUCACAAAGGGCAAGAUUCUCGUUCCUGGAUGUGGAGGCGGAUACGACGUUCAUCUCUUCGCUCAAUCGCCUGGGUGCGAGUAUGCCCUCGGACUGGACCUUUCGCCCGUCGCGAUGCAGAAAGCAGAGAAGCUCCGAGACGAAAAAUCCAUCUCCCCGCAAAAAGCCCAAUUCCUCGCCGGCGACUUCUUCGUACACCCCUUCGGCACGAAAUUCGACGUGGUGUACGACCACACCUUCCUCUGCGCCCUGCAGCCCACCCUCCGCAAGGACUGGGGCAAACGCAUGGCGGAGAUCAUCGCGCCCGGUGGGCAUUUGAUCACGUACAUGUACCCGUUGAGCGACCAUGAGGGUGGGCCUCCGUUUGCGCUGUCGGUGGAGGUGUACGACUCGCUUCUGUCGACGGAGUUUGAGAAACUCUUCAUGGAGGAUGUUCUUGAGACUUUCGAAAGUCGGACGCGCCAGGAGUAUGGCGAGAAGCUGGCUGUCUGGAAGAGGAAGUAGUGUCGUUGCCGAGUAACUGUUCCCCGGACAUUCAGUAUAUAGAGCAUUCAGACAUCUAGACUCACUAUGUAGAAUAAACGCCUCAGACACUAUCUCAAAUUCAUGUCAGUGUUCUCAAAGUUCAUCCCUUUCAACCACAGUUCUGUCAACCGGAACCGUUUAACAAUCUUCAAACGCUUAAUUAUGCAAUGUAUUUGGUAUCGCCAGUGUGCAUAUGUGGCGAUGGG